AUGAAAUCGAACAAUCAUAGUAAGUCUUGUCAAAUAAUAAUAAAUAAAAAAUAUGAUGACUUAAAAAAUUUGGAAACUUAAAGAACUGCUGAUACAACUCCAGAUUUAAUUAUAGAUGAUGAAAAACAAAAAGGAAAUUAUUUUACUUCAAAAAUAUCUUCAGAUUGUAAAUUAGCAAGAGAGCUUUAUGAAGCAUCUGUUUAAUCACAUUGGUACUUUGAAUAGCCUAAAGAAUUUGUGGAUAAACGUAUAGUGAAAUUAAAAAAAUAACAGAAAAACGAUAAAGUUGUAGUAUUAGACCUUGAUGAGACAUUGGUUUAUCAUAGAAAAAAUAAAAGUUUAAUAAGACCAUAUUGUAAAUAAUUUUUAGAACGAUUAUCAAAGGUAUGUACAUUAGUGUUGUUUACUGCAGCAAAAAUGGAACAUGCAACAAAUGUAAUAAAUAUAUGAUAGUUUUUAGAUGUUAAAAUUGAUAGAUCCUAAAAAACAAUAUUUUAAAGCAGUUUGUACAAUGGAUCAUAUGAUUGGUAAUGUGAAAGAUUUAAGAAUAUUUUAGACAGAUUUUAAGGAUAUAAUAAUAAUAGAUAAUUGUCCUUUAAAUUUUAUGUAAAUAAAUAAAAAAUAAAAAGAGGUUAGAUUAAUAAUGGAGUUCCAAUAAUGCCAUUUGAAGGAGAGAAUGAAGAUAAUUAGUUAGAGGAAUUAUUAUAAUAUUUAGAAAAACUAUUAUUAGUAGAAGAUGUUAGAGUAGAAUUAAGUAAAAAGUUUAAACUUGAGUAAUUUUACAAAGAACUGAAUGGUAGAUAGGCAAUAAAUAAAUUGUACAAAUGA